AUGCUGGGCCUUCAAACGUACGCGAGCUCCUCGGAGGGCGAAUCGGACCAUGAGGACGGCGCAGCCUCCAAAUCGGAGUCCUCCACUCCCAUUUCCAUUCCCGAUCAUCUGCUACCCGUGGACAAAACACAUUCGCUUUCCACGGCCAUCGCCGUGUGUGCAGCACCAGCGGUAGUGCCACUUGGAGCGUCAGCUGUGCCCCGAACUUUGGAUCCAACGCUCAAGGAGGUCAUCUACAAUCCGCGUUACGAGGAGAUGUAUGCGCCGGUCAAAGGUCCGGAGCACCCGGACCUCACCAUGCAACAGCGGGCACCGCGUAACACACUAGCCGGCUACGUGGAGAAGGCUCACAUCAACGCAUUCGAGUUUGAGAACCAGCGGCGCACCUUCCACACCUACGGCUAUGCCUUGGAUCCCAGUGUGGACGAGCAGGCUGACGGAAAAUCGUAUGUCGGUGACUUGCAGUCAGCAUACGAUGACAAUGGAAAAACCGUGUUCGAGGCGCCCAGAGCGAAAAAGAUGCGCAAACAGGAGAAAAAUGAUAAUCCGGAAGACAUCGAAGGCUUCCUUGGACCUUGGGGCAAGUUUGAGAACGAGGUGUCUGUGGCCAAGCCGAACGAACAGGAGCGCGCUGAAUUGGACGAGUUGCUUUCAAAACGGCACAAACGCGGAAGAAUCCCCGAAGAUAAGCCUCUCGAGGAGAAGAGUACAUUGCACAUCAAGGAUGCCUACGACUACCAGGGCCGCUCGUAUCUGCAUGCUCCACAUGAUCUGGGCGUAAAUUUGAGAUCCAAUGCACCGCCGCCAAAAUGCUUUCUGCCUAAGGCGCAUAUUCACACCUGGUCGGGUCACAACAAGGGCAUUUCUUCUAUUCGCUGGUUUCCCAAGACCGCACAUCUUUUGCUAUCCGGUUCGAUGGACUGCAGGGUCAAGUUAUGGGAGGUUUACGGCGAACGGCGCUGCAUUCGCACCUUCUCCGGGCACCGACAGGCCAUUAAGGAUAUUGCGUGGAACAAUAAGGGUACUAACUUCUUGUCUGCUUCCUACGAUCGCUACAUAAAGUUGUGGGAUGCUGAGACUGGGGAUGUGGUUUCCCGUUUCACCACACGCAAAAUGCCAUUCUGUGUAAAGUUCCAUCCAGAUAAUAGCAAGCAACAUUUGUUCGUGGCUGGUACCUCCGACAAGAAGAUCAUUUGUUGGGAUACUCGAAGUGGAGAUAUUGUUCAAGAAUACGACCGGCACUUGGGAUCAGUUAGCACCAUCACAUUCGUGGACGACAACCGUCGGUUUGUUACUACCUCGGACGAUAAAUCGAUGCGCAUCUGGGAGUGGGAUAUACCGGUGGACAUGAAGUACAUUGCCGACCCGACUAUGCAUUCCAUGCCUGCUGUAACAUUGGCGCCAAAUGGCAAGUGGAUGGCCUGCCAGUCGUUGGACAACAAGAUUGUCAUAUUCUCCGCCCUCAACCGUUUUAAAAUGAACCGCAAGAAGACCUUUACUGGACACAUGGUCUCAGGCUACGCGUGUCAACUGGAUUUUUCGCCGGACAUGAGCUACUUGGUUUCGGGUGAUGGCGACGGCAAGUGUUAUAUUUGGGAUUGGAAGACUACGAAGAUGUACAAGAAAUGGCAGGCGCACGACGGCGUCUGCAUCAGUGCCCUCUGGCAUCCGCACGAGGCCAGUAAAGUGGUCACCGCCGGUUGGGAUGGCCAGAUCAAAUAUUGGGACUAAAGGUCCGCUCAAAAAAAUCUAACGUAGAUAGUUUUAAGCCAAAACGAUAUGUAAAUUGAUUGAUUAUAUGGCAUACCUAUAAUAAGA